AAGCUUGAAUCCAUGAACAUUAUAUAUGAAUCAGAGCACUCAGGCUUGGUGGACAAAACUGACAUUUCAUCCGUGUCAUCAACAACUUCUUCAAGCACCAAAGAACUACAAGAAAACAAUGAACAUCGGCAGAUGAAAAUCUCCAACAUAGUCAAAAGUCAAGAAUCAAAAGAGAAUGCCAAAUCCCAGAAAGAGUCGGAAGCUUCACUGCCAAAUGAUUCAGAAAAUUGUUCAUUCAGUCUCAGUGAUGAUAGCUCUGCAAGUUCUGUAUUUGGAGACAAUUUGCAAGAACUCAAAAGCCAGAAAUAUGAAAUGGGACCAAAUCAAGAUCCAAUGUCCCAAUCAGUCUCAAAGAACUCUGGACAAAAUAUAGCAGAAAAUGCCACCUUUGAGGAUUCUUCUUCCUCCGCAUUUGAUUCAUAUUCUGAAAAGUCAAGUCAUCUGGGCUCCAAUCAAAAUUGCAGUGACUCAAACAUGGAUGAACUGAGUGAUAUCUGCAAUCGCAGUGUGAAAUCUUCUGCCGGAGAGGGCCUCAACGAAGAAGGCGAUCAAGAUUCAGACCGUCAAAUAGAUAAUAUGAUGGCCUUAGUUCCGGUUGAUAUGCCACAGAAAAAUCAGCCCAUUGAUCCGGAAGUUCUUGAUGCCACGGUGAAACAAGUGCUCGACACGUUAAAGCAUGCAAAGGAACAACUUCAGAGUUCGAUGGAGAGACGGCGAACAAGCAUGAUUAAAGUUGGUUAGAUUUGUUUCAUCUGGAAGACAAGUAUUGUUUCAUAUACUGAAUAAAUGGCUGACUUAUGUACUGAUUCAAGCUGUUACACUAAUGGCAAUCUUCUUGAACUUUGUUUGC